UUACUUCGAUCGUACUUCACAUGAACAUAUAAUAUAACCUAUAUGCCAUGCCACUAGUAAAUAUAUAACCUCUUACUACUCAUUGUCAAAAUUUAAGACUUUUUAAUUAUAAAGUGAAAAACACAAUUACCAAAAUGACUUCUAGAGAAAAUCACAAAAGGAAACUUUCCAAAUCAAUUUUGGAAAUGAAAUUCAUGAAAAGAACAAAAGAAAAGUUUCAACAGGAGCAAGAAGAUGAGGAAGGUAGGAAUAUGUAUAGCAAUGAAAUUACAGACAAAAUGAGACACAACAAAGGAUCACAAUAUAUAGAAGAAACAAGUUUUGCCAUAUGUGAAGACUUACUUAUUGGUAGACUAUCAUACAAAGGUAUGAAUCCUGAAAUUGAAAGAAUUCUUGAACUCGAAGAAUUAGAAAAGGCUGCCAAAGAAACACCAAAAGAUGAGGCAGAUGUUACAGAUAAAGAGAUGACAAAAUAUUAUAUAGACAAGACGGGACAGCGGGGAAAUAAUGAAUCUAGAACAUAUUCAAAGUAUAAUAUAAAGCGAAAAAACACUGAACAAAGGAAUACACCUUCAAAGUUUCUCAAACCAAAUUAUGAUAAUUUAUAUAAGUAA